CCACUCACCCAGAUCAACAUUCGAACCUAUCAUGAAGGAUUCUGCUCCAAAAAGGACUGCAGAGAACUUAAAGGAAUGCUGGGACGAAUUGCAAAUGUACCGCAGACUACUGCACAGAUCGAAGCACCUACACCCCUGAACGAGACAUUCAGCUAACAGGAAUCGGGUUAUGGGAUGAUUGUCCUAUCGAUCUAGCCCAUGACAGUGAUUCCUCACACCAUCCAACACUUGUGUUUCAACAAGGAGACGGAGAGAGAAUAUCAUGAGAGAGCAAUGGUCCAAGUGAGAAAUGGAUGGCCCCAAUAAUUACAUCUUCCUGUCGGUACGGCACAGGAAGGAAUGUACAACAGAAGGCUUACAGUGGGAACACCGGCAAAACGCCCACGUGUCAACUAAGAGGAACGCAACGUCCAUCGACCGACCGGCAGGGAGUCGGGCAGAAUCUUGUCCUGUCUGUCCUUCCGUCACCGUCGGGGAGAAUCAGUGUCCGAGAUCAGUUCCUCGAAUAUAGCAGCUCCGAGACGCUGUCAGCCCGAAAAUGUGUUCCUUUAGCGUCUUCUUCAAAUUUGAUCUGAAAAUGCGUACCACUUUGUACUUCCCUCUUCUUCGCAUCCUUUCCUCGCGAGCUUUGGAAUGAGGGCUUGAAUGUGAAAAAUAUUUUCCUUGAUCAUCAUCUUGAUCUGUGUAUCAGCAUUUAAUAUAUCGAUAUGUAAGAGCAAAUAUAACACUCAUAGCCCCUAGUGAAGGUAAUCGAGUUUGUAUUAGAAUUUUGUAUUAGUUUGUGAUAGAGUUGUCGCUAGGGCUGACAAAUUGUCGGGAGAACUUAAACUCAACCCGUCAAAUUUGAUUCAUACGUUAUUGAAGCCCAAUUUUCACUUUCAAAUGUGGCUUUUGUGGAAUGGAUAGUAUGAGAAUCAUGAGUCCU